CUUUUUGUGGGACGGAAGGAGUGCAACUUUGGCACAUAGUGUAUCUCAUUUUGUUAUCUGUGUUGUGAAAAAUUCUUGGCCAUGCUGCUAUACAUGAUUUGGUUUUUGCAUAGUGCUUUUCUUCUGACAUGGUUUCUGAGAAGCGUAUUCUAUUUCAAGUGCAUUGGCAUCAAGCACAUCUCAUUGUCUUUCUCAUUAAAUUUUAUUAGUGAAGUACAUAAUUUUAGUCUUCCAUGCAUGGAUAUAAUUCUUGAAUUUUCUUCAUCACCAGCACCUUAAUACCCACCAUGUUUGGGUCAUUGACAUUAAAAUUAAUAAUGUCAGUAAAUUGUCUAAUAUAGUUAACACAAAAAAUUAUGCAAAAAUAGCACAGGAUAAAAUUUAGAGAAUUAAAGAUGAAUAAAUACAAACAUGUGGUAGGAUCUUUCUCAUUGCUUGUUUUAGUCUACCGGGGUAUAAUUUUUCACAGUAAGAAGCAAGGUGCUGUUUUUGCUAGUGGAUCAAAGACAAACAAGACAGGCUACUAUGAUAAGAAUGCUUCAAUACCCUCAACGAUUGCAACUACACCAAGUAGCAAUUAUGAAGACGAUUUUGACGAUUUUGAUGAUUUUGAUCCUCGUGGGACUUCAGCUGCUAAGCCUACUGCAGUGGGAAGUUCUAGCCAAGUAGAUCUUUUCGGGGGGAGUUUGGUUAGUAACCUCUUGGAUACAGAUUCUGUAUCUUCUUCAUCAGAUAAGGCCACCGUAAAGAAUGAACAAACAGAAGUUGAUUUAUUUGCGGAUGCAGCUUUUGUAACUGCUAUCACUCAGUCCGAAACAGGGGGAAGUUCUCAGGCUCCUCAGGCGGGCAUUGAUCUGUUCUCCCAACCUGAAGCGACAGGAAGCUCUCAAGCUGAGAUGGGUGUUAAUCUGUUCUCACAAGCAGUUCCUCUACCUUCAGCCUCACCCGUUCCUCUCUCAACAUUUGAUUUCUUCGAUGCACCUGAUCUGGAUGUGCAACCCGAAAAAUCUUCCAAACAAGAGCCCCAGGAUACUAAUAACAGUACACUUGAUCCAUUUGCUGCCGUUCCAUUAAAUGCUUUUGACAGUUCGGACCCGUUUGGUUCAUUUGUUUCCCAAACUGGUUCUGCUGGCGGUACAAGUGAAGGAAGCUUGAACGCAUCUUCAGUAGAUUCCAAGCUCCCAAACAAGAAGAAUUCUUUUCAGGUCAAGUCUGGAAUAUGGGCUGAUUCACUUAGUCGUGGAUUGAUUGAUCUCAACAUAAGUGCACCCAAGAAGGUGAACCUUGCAGAGGAGAAAGAAAAGGGGCCCGCCCUGCCUCCUGCAUUUUACUCAAGCAGAUCUAUGGGUCAGGGAUCCGGGCUUGGCAAAUCUGGGGUUUCUUCAAAUACAAGAAACACCGAAGACGACUUCUUCUCAACCCAAUUCAGUAAUUUCCAAAAAUGAGUUCAUCCGUAUAUCCCCUGAUAUAUUCUUUUAUGAAUUCUACAGAGGUCAAAUGUUCAUUUCUUUUGUGCAGUCUUUUGAGAUGCAGGGUAUUGAGAUUUGGGGACAUAAUUGUCUUUUCCCCAUUGCCAUUGGAAAGUCCUCGUACUAAAGUUACUCAAUUCUCACUUCAUCUUCUCACAGACAUCCACAAAUACUGAACAGUAAUGAGAAUGAGUGUA